AUGAAUUCAAAGUUCUGGCUGACAGUUAUGUUUCUCACAUCCCGGAUUGGUAUACUUGACGCUAUUGGCCAAUGUCAUUUGGCGGAAUACUCCAUUGGUGGAAUGUUCCUGAGAGGUCACACGAUUAAAACAUAUCGGGUAGGACUCCCUGAGGACUGCUACUUCAAGUGCUUAGAAGAACUCAUUUGUCAAAGCUACAACUACGUCCGCGGCCAAAACCUUUGCGAAUUGAACAAGCGCACCAAGGAAGCAAGACCUGAAGACUUUGAGCCAGACUGGAAGAGAUUUUACGUAGGGCGCGUCACUCAUAGAGGUACAUUUUGAGAUUAAACUUUUUAAAUAUUCUUUACGAGAUCCUCCAUUCUACAAUGACUGAUGCGAUUCCAUAUGCGAGUCUCAGAACGGUGGGCUUUUUUAAAUCUUUUUUAUUAGUAAUAAUAAUAUACAGGGGUGUAGCUGGGUGGGGUGUGGGGAGAGGAAGGGAUCUUAAGGUGGGAGGGAAGAAGACUCCUUAAGUAAGUGGACGGAGGAAGGUCCUAAGGUGCCCGUGACUGACCUUUGUGGGAUAGUUUGUUGUUUGUUUGCUUGUUUUGACGUUAAUCGCAGGCAAAUCUCAUAAUUCAGUUUGAGAAAACGCGCAAAUCUCAAGAGUCCAGGUCCUAAUGCUAGGUGCCCCAUUUAUUGGUCCUUCUCGCCUCAUGACUACGAGUCAGUGGUAUAAGCCACUUAGCAUAAGUCAUGUGAAAAUUAGUAACUGUGUAUCCUCCCCUUUAAAAAAACCCAGCGGCGCCCCAGUUAUCGUUAGUGAUAACGUCAAGGUAUUUGUUACUCUCACCUUUGUCGUUAUCGUUUCGUAUCUUCAGUAUUAUUUCUGUUUCCCUUAUCAUUUCAGGCUUUAUAAAUAAGGAGAGGUUGUCCAUUUAGCAAAGAAAAUAGAUUCAAAUUUCAGCAUUUCAGUGGCCUGGGUAGUAGGAAAAAGUCAAAGUGGAUUUUUUUAACUCUGAAUGUGAAAUUGAUACUCAGGUAUCCGGUCACUUCGUUCCAUGACCACUUCGUUUCAAACCACUUCGUUCCAAAGAAUAGUCACUUCGUUCCAAGUGUAAACUAAGCGUGUAAACUUCUAAUCUUACAAAACUAGUAAACGGUAUACGCCGUCUGUUGUGACGGCCAUUUUGAAACUUGUGAAGUACCUGCCGUGUGCGUGGAAUCUGGGACUACCGGAAACAAUUAUACGUAUACACGUUGAUCAUAGCAACCAGACCAAAGUAAACCUUGAUUUCAUUAUUUCAACAUCGCUUUACUUUUUUAUCAGACUUGAGUAAAGAUGAACCUGCUUGUUAUUAUUAAGUUAACCUUUCUUUACAGUAUUUAUUAGUUUUAGACUGACGAAUAUGCGAAAUCAUGUUUAGAUUGAACAUAAACGCGAAAAGAUGUGAAACCACGCGUUGAUCAUAGCAACCAGAAUAGAGAACUUUCAUCACGACAACAUCUCCAUGUGAUCACAAAGCGCUUCACUAUUUUUCCCUUUUAUAAGAUAUGAUCCAUCUUUCAUCAUACUUUACUUUCAUCAUACGUUACUUUCACUGAAGAAGAUGCAACGGAACGAAGUGACCAAAGGAUGGAACGAAGUGGUUUGGAACGAAGUGGUCUUGGAACGAAGUGGCCGUAAUUCGAUACUCAUAACUGUUCCCUUAUUUCAUAAGCAGCAACGUUCAGAAUACGUGGUUAUGAUAGUAAUCAUAUUUCGUCUUUUUCUCGACACAGUUCCUCUCGGAACCAUUAGAGAGCUUCCAGCAGAAUCGUGCUAUGAGAUCACAGCCAGCGAAGGAAAUGAGGUGGUUAAGAGGAAAUACUGGAUAUACUCUGAUGGGAAUAGUGGGGUCAUCGAGGCCUACUGUGAAGGUAAAAUUAGUUUAAUCCCACUGCCUUCUUGAACAUGAUUUUUAAAUUCAUGUAAAAAUUUCCAGAAACGUUCUCUUCUACUCAAUUGGUAGCAAUAAGCUUCCUUUUCAAAUUUAGUUAUUGCAAGAAAGAAUAAAGCAAGAAGUUGAAGAUCUGUCACGGGCGAGAGAUAACGAAAACGUUGAAUCCCUCAUGACAUUAGAAUCCGAAGUUCUUCCUCUUUUACUUUUGCUCUUUAGCAACUUCCUUGCGGAGGACUCAUAGGAGGGCGGGUCAGGGAACUGGGUAAGACCCUGGGCCAUUCUUUGCGUUCCUAUGUGACAAAUGGCCCAGCAUAUCCCGAGGAUAUGCAAUGUCAAAGUCUGAGUCCUCUGUGACAAGUCGAACUCUUGCAAUUGUCAAUUAGACACUGCAGUGUUCUCAAGAAAAAGGGUAAUAAUCAAAAUACAUUUGAAAUCCAGUCAUAAAAGAAGAGAUCACCUGUUUGAGUUGAGGCUGCUUGUAAUCGGAUUGGUGAAAUUGAACAAUUAUACAAAAAUUGAUAAAAGUAACAGAGCAGUUACUUCCAUAUAUCCCAUUUUAGAUGGCUGGCAAAAAAUUAAUGGCGAAAAGCCUGUCUGCUUUGGAGCCAAAGAUAACGACUAUGGUGCCUUCAACAUAACAAAGAGUGGACGAGUGAAGACAAUGAAGCUUAUUCACUAG